AUGUUCCGCCUCUCCUCCAUCCUCGCAGCAGGUCUCGCCCUGGUUAGUUCCGCCAAUGCCGCUUGUGGCGAUGGCUCACCCCAGGGCGUAGUCUCGGGCUCGGGCACCUUCACCGCCACUGUCAACGGCGCCAACGUCUACUCUGGAUCCGACUACCGCCUCGCCAUCCAGACUGCCCUCGACCGCAUCACAAGCGGCCAACGUGUAACCGUCCGCGCAUCAGGCAGUAUCGGCGCAAACACCAUCACCAUCACCAGCGGCAAGACCUUUGAGGUCUGCGGUACCAUGAACGUCGGUACCAAAUCCGGCCGCGGGGCAAUCGAGGUUAUCAACCAGAACGAUGUCAAGAUUCCGUUCCUGAAGAUGACGGGUAACCCCUACUUCGGCAUCCGCGCGUCGGGCACUCGCAACUUUGGGCUUGGCGAGAUCACCCUGAGCCUCAGCGGCGGAAUAGGCAUUCGUUUCGACCGCGAUGCUAACUGGAACUACGGAGUCACCAUGGGCAACAUCGUCGUCACCGGUGCCGGUAGCCAUGCAGUUGAGACCUUCAAGAUCGACGGCCUCGACAUCAAGUCCGUCAAGGCCAAGGACGUAGGUGAAUGUGGAUUGCUCAUCCAGGAGUCACGAAACGUCAAGGUCGGCUAUGUCGAGGGCAUCAACGCGGGCGCCGGCACGGGCUACGCCACACUCCGCUUCGCCAACAACAACGGCCAGCUCGCCAACGGAGAGUACACCACCACAAAUGUCUUCAUCGACAAAGUCUAUUCCCGAGGUGGCGGCCGAGGCAUCUUCUGCGUGUCCCAGUCCGGUGCCGCAGAGAUCAAGACGAUUGAUCUCGCCGACAACGGAAACAACGCCAUUCUUAUCGAGAACUGCUACAACUUUGCCAUUCGCGACGGUACCGUCAGCAAGGGCGGUGAAGUGCGUGUUUCAGCUCGCAGCGAGUUCCCCAACACCAGCGGCAUCUAUGUCAAGGCCCAGGUCAACGAUAACACUGUCCGGGAGUCGCCUUGCGCUGAGAAUAUUUACUGGGGCAUUACCGGUAAUGCCAAGAUGAAUGUUUGUUAA